AGUGAAGCCCAAGUUUAGGGAGUUUACGGGUGUGCGCUUGCCCAAGCGUUUCAUGGGCGCUUGAUGUCAUGGCGGAUGGCGGCCUCAGCUUUGGAGCCGCAACAGAGGGCUACGAGGAGGACCCACAGGCAAAACUUUGCAAUGAGGUGUGCGUCGAGGUCUUCAGAGUGUUGCAGAAGACGAAGAAUCCGAUGAUAUCGGCUGAGAAGGGCCAGUACGUCUUCGAGAUAGGUGCGGGCACCGGUGGUACCUCGUCCUUCGUUCUGCCAACGCUGGAUGCCAACAACACCAGGUACGUAUUCACAGAUCUCUCUCAGGCGUUCCUAACGAAUGCCCGGAAUAGAUUCAGUCGGUUCCCCUUCAUCGAAUAUGCCAUUUUCAACGGCGAUAAGCACCCAGGAGACCAGGGCUUCAACAGCCACGAGAUGACGGCGAUCUUGGCCACCAACGUCAUCCACGCCACGAUGCACCUGGCCUCGACCAUGGCCACCAUCCACGUGCUGCUGCAGCCGGGCGGUCACAUCGUGUUCAACGAGGUGCAAAAUCCUGGUACCCUACCAGAGGAUUUGACCUAUGGCUUGACAGACGGCUGGUGGAUGCUCACCGACUGUGAGAGGCGUGUCACAUAUCCGUUGCUGCGGGUGGCAGAGUGGUGCACACUCUUCACGCAGUGCGGCUUCAAGAACGUGUGGCACACACCGGACGAGGGCGAAAUCUUCAGCCAGCAGGCCAUUCUUGUUGCCCAAUGUGGGAGUUUGGCGAAGCCAACUUACCUUGGGGUGGAUCCGAUGCCGCGAGCCGAUCCAAAUGCGUCGUACCUGAUCACGGGAGCCGUGGGCGGGUUGGGCCUCAUUGCGGCCAUCAUCCUCAUGGAACGAGGUGCACGGCAUUUGUUCUUUGUCUCCCGACGAGACAAGGUUCCCGAGGAGGCCUUACACUUCUAUGAGCGGAUCGCCAAGUCGAACGCAGUCAUCCGCAGGGAGAAAUGCAACGCUGCUGACCCGCAGCAAGUGGCCAAGCUCUUUGAGGAGACCCCAGAAUGGCCAGCCUGUGCGGGGGUGGUCCAUGCGGCUGGCGUGCUUUCGGAUGGCACCAUCACGAAGCAGAAUCGCCGAAAGUAUGAGGAGGUCUUUGGUCCCAAAGUUCACGGUGCCUACUACUUGCACCGCAGCAGAGGGUGCGGCUUGCAGAAGCUGCAGGUGAACUUUGUCAUGUCCUCGGGCGCAGGUUUCUGUGGCUCUCCAGGGCAGAGCAACCACUCAUGUGGCAACAUGGGACUGGAGGGAUUGGUGGAUUUUGAGAGAAAGCUCGGCCUGGCUGGCUGUUCAAUCGCCUGGGGGGCUGUGGCACAAGUGGGCUACGCCGCACGGCAUCAUCUUGCUGAUCAUGCUGGCGCCGUGCGCUUCGAGCAUGCGUGGGCCUGCAUUGAGGGGAUCCUGUCGCGGCCCUUCAUGAACGUGUUGAUCAAUCCCAGCGCCUGGGAGUCUGGCAGAGGAGCCACAGCGAUGCGGCAGCUCAUCUUUUCAGGCCUCCAGGGGCGGUUCAAGAAGACUGGCUUCCGGAAGACCAAGGCGGAAGUGGCCGUUGAGAGCCAGGAGGUGGAAGAGAGGACCUCAAACAAGGAGAAUCUGGCAGUCCAAGGAGCAUCAAACGAGGUGGCCAUAAUGGCGAUGCCCGAGGUGAUUGACAAUUUGAAGCAGAUCCAACAGACGUGGGCUGCCGGAAAGAACUUGAGCGGCUUUUCCAUGGCCAAAACCGUAGGUAAGUUGCGCUUGGAGAAGAGUGCGGGCAGUCUUCCUCGCAGAGACAAGGAGCCGCCAAUCGCUGUGCUUGGGCAAAGCGAGGUCUACUGAGCGCCCGCGCAGUCUUGCUCAAAGGAAGCAGGUUGCACCUGGCAAAGCCUCGUGGAUUAAGAGCCAGCAAGCUGGUUUGCUUUGAACAAACCUCUUUGCACAUGUGGUGCGUUGCAGGCGUGAAUCAUGAGCACACAGGUUGCAGCCUUUCUCAAAGCUUGGAUGAUUUUGCUUACAGCCAAUAGCACAUUCUUG